CCUCUGCACCGACCGAUUUCUAUUCUUCGACGCCUGCGCCAGGCGAGGAGGUAGUUCCGGUUCCGGCGUGGUUAAUUUCGUUCUUGGCGUUCAGUUGUCGCGGUUGGUGGGCAGUAAGGGAGGCAAGAUGCUGCGGAAUCUGCUGCGUUUUCGUCAGAUUGCCCAAAGGACCAUCAGCACUGCUUCACGCAGACAUUUUGAAAAUAAAGUUCCAGAGAAACAAAAGCUGUUUCAGGAGGAUAAUGGAAUUCCAGUGCAUCUAAAGGGUGGAGUAGCUGAUGCCCUGCUGUAUAGAGCCACCAUGGUUCUUACAGUUGGUGGAACAGCUUAUGCCAUAUAUGAGUUGGCCAAGGCUUCUUUUCCCAAGAAGCAGGAUUGACUUCAGUCUUCUCAGCAAUCAUUUGGUUCAGUUUAAUUCAGCUCUCUAUGGACCAGUACUCUGAUAAAUAACAGAGCUCUUCUUUGGGGAUCAAUAUUUAUUAACUUGUACUAACUGCCACCAAUAAAGCAGUCUUUACCAUG